AUGGAGAAGAUAAAAUCAUUGGUAUCUGAGAAUGGAGUUGUGAUUUUCACCAAGAGCACCUGUUGCUUGUGCUAUGCUGUAACAAUUCUGUUCCAAGAACUUGGGGUGAGCCCUUUAGUUCAUGAAAUAGACCACGACCCUCAAGCAAGGGACAUGGAGAAGGCUCUCCUGAAACAAGGGUGUAACUCACCUCCUGUGCCAGCUGUAUACAUAUGUGGCAAGCUCGUGGGGUCCACCAAUGAGGUCAUGUCCCUCCACCUAAGCGGCUCCCUCAUUCCACUGCUCAAACCUUAUCAAUCCCUGUCUUAA